CGUCACGUACUACUAAUAUCAAUUGAACUCGUCUUCAACUUCAUCGCUGAGAUGAACGCUGUCCACACGCCACUACUUGAUGGUCAAAUCGAAUCCGACGAGGUCGCUGGAGACUUGUCGUAUAAACCGCCGCCGAACAGUGGCACGCGAGCUUCUCCGGUUGUCCUCACACCUACCACUCGAGCGGAGCAAAUGGCGACAACACAGAAUGAUGCGGAAGCCGGUGAAAUCUGGUGUCUUGCUGGGAUAUUUCGCCAGUCGUCACACCCUCUUGCUCUGUUCUUCCUCUUCCUCUUCCGCCUGGCCGCCAUCACUGUCUAUCUUCUCUCUGGCUUUUUCCAAGGCAACUACGUGCUUUCGACAGUUGCUGUUGUGGUUCUGCUUUCCAUGGAUUUUUGGAACUGUCGAAACAUCGCUGGCAGAACGCUGGUCGGUCUGCGAUUCUGGAACCAGGUUGACGAGGACGGGUCAAGCUAUUGGGUUUUCGAAAGUCGCGACCCUUCACGACCUGCGAAUGCUGUAGACUCUCGUUGUACUAUAUUGCUCAUGCCCGUUGAGAUUGCCAUCUACGUGUUCCCUGUUCUCUGGGUUGCGUUGCUGAUUGUUUCUUUGCUGAGAUUCAACCUCAACUUUGUUCCGAUCGUGUUGCUCGCGCUCGUGUUUAACGUCACAAAUGCGAUCGGAUUCACUUAUGCCGAUCGGGAUGCUAAACAACGAUGGGCUAACGAAGUGGUUGGGGCUGGAUGGAAUCUGGGAUUGGGCGGCUUGGGAGGCCAAUUACUGAGUGGCGCUGUGCAGAAAGGCGUGGGUCGUGUCUUUGGCGGCUCGUGAUUAUCAUUAUACCGCUUUUCUACAGUUCUCUACUUUUUUGCCACCAAUGGUAUGAUUGUCUCGGUCUGCGCUCUUGUUUGCGCGCCCUUCUGGUUGUUUUUUGCGACUGCAUACAACAUUCCUGCCAGGGAGCCGACAGCAA